GAGAUUUUUAUGUCAUCAAAGCGGCUACUCCGGUACAAAAUUCUCAUCUGGCCAUGCUUUAAUAUAUGCUCCAAUUGGACAAUUAAACCAUAGUUUUAUUACUUACGAAACAUUAGUGAAUAAAACCAAAUAUGUCGACUCGUCGCCAGGCCUUAACACUGUAUAGAAAUCUACUACGCGAAUCGGCAAAAUUGCCAUCGUACAACUUCAGAAUGUAUGCAGCACGAAAGAUACGUGAUACAUUCCGGGCUAACAAAACGAUCAAUAAUUUCGAAGAAAUUGAUCGUCAAAUGGCAACGGGCAAGGAUAAUUUGGAAUUGAUACGCCGACAGGUAAUUAUCGGUCAUCUAUAUACAACAGACAAACUGGUCAUUGAGCAUAAAAAGAAGCUUAAACCUUCCGAUGAUUGAGGAGAUGGCGAAAUCUCCACGACGUUUGUUGUUUACUUUUGUGGCAUUCUAGUUAUUAAGAUGUUAAAUUCUUUUUUUUUCUCUGCUUUGAAUUGCAAACACCAGUUUAAUUAUUAUACAAAAUACAACACAAAGAAAUUA